CCCAUCCCCAUCCCCCAUCCCCCAUUCUAAGCCACCCCCCUCAAAAAACCACUUACCCAUACCUUGCCCAAUCCUACAUACCUACCCUUACGUGCCUGCGUGCCAUACCGUCUCACAGUACCCGCUCCCCGAGGGUGCUCGUUCAUCACUCCAGACAACACUAUUGGCUCCCAGCAACCUCCCUACUACUCCGCUCCUCUCCCUUUCACGGCUGUGGCCGUGACUACUGCAUCUGUCACUGCCAAACAGUCCCUGCCCGUUGCUCGCCUCUCCUCCCGCUGCCGCCGCCGCCGUUAUCAUCUCCUACUUCCCCCACCGCACCCCCCAUCAACUAACCGCUCACACAACUCACUCGCAGAUCUUCCUCCCCAUGGCGGACCGUCAUGAUCAGACGUACCAUAAUUCCCGUACCACCCCUGCGUCUCAGCGAGAUGCUGCGUUCUCCAAUAUCUUUGGCAACGCUCCCUCAGGCCGCUCGCACACGAUGACUUCGCAGUCCAACUAUGCUCCUCAAACCGAUCGAUCUCAAACAAUGUCUUCGACCUCCGGCCACGGGGGUACAUAUAUUCCUCCGGGACUACAAGCGGGUUUUAACCCCCAACAGCAACAACGGCAACAACAACAGCAGCAGCCACAGCAGCAGCAGCAACAGCAGCACUAUCCUCCGAGACAGGGUGGAUAUCCGACCACCGGCCCAUCGAAUGGGUACCCGCCACAGAACCCGCAGCCGUCUAGAGUCCAGACCCAACCGCAGUAUCUGCCAUCACCGACGCAUCCCGAGAGACGUCCGUAUGCUCAGCCGGUCAGGAUGCAGCCAGCGGGCCUUCCCACGAACGCGGAUGCGCAGAGACCGCUCCCGAAUCGCCACUAUCCCGCACCACCGGCCCUCAACAACGACCCUUAUCGCUCGAGGUCCAUGGCAGCAUCGACCACGGCACCUCCGAGCCAGUAUGCCGCCGCCCCUCCACAGUUCCGCCAGGGUGUACAACCUCCGCAGGGCCAUCACAUGCCGCGAACCACUGCCCAGGGCCGAGUUGUUCCGGAACGCCACGAUGAACGAGCGAUGUCACUGACUACCUAUGCGCACGAACGUGAUCAUGCACAGACCAUGAGUGGAAGGGUCAUCCCCCAUCGGCGGAAAGAGUCUGGAGGAAGCGAAUAUCUCCCUUCCCAACAGACGCAACGACUCAACAGCUUGCCCGGAGGGAGUACGGGGAGCUUCAGUUUUGUCUCGAAGCAACGGACGCCGAGUUACGCUAGUACAUCAUCCUCGAUGACUGCUGUUGCUCCUUCUGCGGCAUCCAUCAACUCCGAUCACCGCAAUUCACUGCCGAAAUCCCCAAGCACAGCCAGCAUGGCGGCCGGGGGUGCUGCUGCCCCGCCUCCGGGCAGAAAGGCUCCAUUGGUCUACCCAGCGCUGUUGUCGCGGGUAGCUGAUGUUUUUAGGGAUAAAGUACUCAUUGGAGACCGCUUGAAGAACGAGCUCACCUACAAGUCUGCGUUUACCGGUGCGGAGGGAGUCGAUAUGAUCUCAUACAUCAUCAAGACCAGUGAUCGGAACUUGGCACUGCUUCUCGGGCGAGCUCUGGACGCACAGAAGUUCUUCCACGACGUGACCUACGAGCACAGAUUGAGGGACUCGACGGGAGAGGUAUACCAGUUCAGGGACGGACUGGUUGACGACACCCACGAGGUCGUCAAUGGUGUGUUCACUCUGUUGACCGAGUGUUAUUCACCUACCUGCACACCGAAUCAACUGUGCUAUUCAAUUGCCUGUCCUCGCCGUCUGGAACAACAGGCUCGAUUGAACCUGAAACCACAACCCGGACUGAAGCGACAGGACUCCAGAUCCAGUUUACACGGUGACGACGACAAGGAACAGAAGCUGUGGAUUCACUCGGUGCCCAAGGAGAUCGCGGACAGUAUCCCAGACAAGGAGAAGAAGCGGCAGGAGGUGAUAAUGGAGGCCAUCUAUACGGAGCGUGAUUUUGUGAAGGAUCUGGAGUAUCUCCGGGAUUUUUGGAUGAAGCCGUUGCGAUCUACCAACCCGCAGAACCCGUCGCCUAUCCCGGAGCACAGACGAGAGAAGUUCAUUCGGACGGUCUUUGGAAACGUUUUGGAGGUCCACAGUGUGAAUUCGAGGCUGGCGGAGGCCCUCACUCGGCGACAGCAGCAAUCUCCGGUUGUACACAACAUCGGAGAUAUCUUCCGCGAAUUUGUGCCGCAGUUUGAUCCCUUCAUCAAGUACGGAUCGAAUCAGCUAUACGGAAAGCAUGAGUUCGAGAAGGAAAAGUCGGCCAACCCGGCAUUCGCAAAGUUCGUGGAGGAGACGGAGAGGAUGAAGGAAUCCCGGAAGCUGGAGUUAAACGGAUAUCUGACCAAACCGACAACCCGUCUGGCUCGUUACCCACUACUUUUGGAGGCUGUCUUCAAGGCUACUGCGGACGAGAACCCCGACAAAAAGGAUCUUCCUAUAGCUGUUGAGCUGGUUCGGAAGUUUUUGACGAAGGUCAACAUCGAGUCCGGAAAGUCGGAGAACCACUUCAACUUGAUGCAGUUGAACCAGCAACUCAUAUUCAGGCCCGGGGAAUCGGUCGACCUGAAGCUCACGGAAGAAGGGCGUCAAUUGAUCUUCAAGGGAAGUUUGAAGAGGGGUGAUGGUGGAGGUGAUAUUCAAUGUUUCCUUUUCGACCACGCCCUGCUGCUGGUACGGAUAAAGAUCAUGAAUAAGCGAGAGCAGUACAAAGUUUAUAGAAAGCCCAUACCCUUGGAACUCUUAGUGAUCACCCAGAUGGAGGAGUUCGCGCCCAAAGCGGGAAUUGCCAAAAGGCCGUCUUCUAGUUUGGCCCAAGGCUCGAAACUCAAUCCGCUCAAAGGCAAUAAUCCCACCGACUUCAACAACAAGGAAAAGGGUUAUCCGAUCACCUUCCAGCAUCUAGGUAAGAGAGGAUACACAGUGCCGCUGUUUGCGAACUCGAUCGUCAGUCGAAAGAAGUGGAUAGAGCACAUCGAAACGCAACAGAACGUCCUUCGGGAGCGAAGCACCAUAUUCAACCACACCGUGCUCUGCGAAGACUUCUUCUCUCAAGGCAACAAGGUCAAUUGUUUGGUUCCUAUCGAUGGUGGCCGAAAGCUGGUGUACGGUACCGAUACCGGAAUAUACGUCUCGGACAGGAAACCGAAGGAUACCCAGCUGGCACAGCCCAAGAAGGUCAUCGAGAUCACCAAGGUGGAUCAAGUCGAUGUCCUCGAGGAGUACCAAAUGCUCUUAUUGCUCACCGAAAAGAAUCUAAUGCAAGUUCCUCUUGCUGGAUUGGAUCCUGAGGAAACAACACUGGCGAAUAAAAGACCAAAGAAGAUUAUGGGUCACACUUCGUUCUUCAAGGCCGGUGUCUGUCUGGGUCGGGUUUUGGUCUGCAGCGUCAAGACCUCCACGCUAUCCUCCACCGUCAAGGUUUUGGAACCCCAGGACACACUUUCCAGGAGUAAGAAGCAGCCGGCGUACAGGAAGCUGCUUCCGCAGGGUGGACAGGAGGCUCUUAAGCCGUUCAAGGAAUUCUACAUUCCCACUGAAUCCACCUCCAUUCAUUUCCUGAAGUCGAAGCUUUGCGUAGGCUGCGCCAAGGGAUUCGAGGUGGUGAGCUUGGAGACGUUGGAAACGCAGUCACUCCUCGAUCCCGCCGACACAUCUCUGGACUUUAUCCAGCGCCGUGACAAUGUGAAGCCGAUGAAGCCGAUCGCCAUUUAUAGAUUGAAUGGCGAGUUCCUUCUGAACUACUCGGACUUCUCGUUCUUUGUCAACCGCAACGGGUGGAGAGCGCGACCGGACUGGCAAAUUGCAUGGGAGGGACAGCCGAUGGCGUUCGCUCUCUCGCCACCGUACAUACUUGCCUUCGAGCCCAGCUUCAUCGAGAUCAGACAUGUCGACACCGGUAAUCUGAUCACCAUCAUCACUGGGAAGAACAUCCGCAUGCUGCACGAGUCUACACGAGAGAUCCUCUAUGCCUACGAAGACGAGUCCACUGGUGAUGAUGUCGUCGCCUCCCUUGAUUUCUGGCACAAGAUUGGAUAAGUCGGAUAGGACAAGAACGGAUAGGAUGUAUUUAUUUCCUCUCUUUUUCUUUCCCUCUUAUCAUCGUCAUGUCGGGGCCAUCUGUUACUUAUGCAGUGCAAUGGAGAGGGUCUGUAGACUGUUCUGUUUGUUUCCGUGUACGUUAGUUAGCUAGCUAUCUGCCUCUGUAUGUGUGUACGGAUGGUCGGGGG